UCGACCCCAAACACCCCAAUAACAGCCAAUUAUUUGCAUAAUCUUGUUAUGAUAGCUAUCUAAGAGAACUCCACAAAUUUCCUACCGUAUAUCGCACAUACAUCAUGAUCUUCCGCGCCAGCAUUAGAACCAUCCUCACAGCACUUCUCCUCUUCACAUCUCCCUCCUAUACCUGGACCUUCAACCCCUUCAACGACACCCUCGAAUACUGCGAAAUAUGGGACUGGCACACCCAAGGCUUCGGCAGCUACAAAGGCGCUCCCUUCUGCGCCCACCGACUCAACAACAGUGCCCUCGUCUACGCAAUGAAAACCUAUAGCGACGAAGUCAAGAUCUCCGUAAUCGAUCUAUACUUCACGGACGAAGCAUACAUGCGAAUCGGCGACACUACGUUCACAUCCAACUCUUCCACUCUCAUAGAGAAUAAAUUAUACCUACGGCCGCAUAAUACCUCUAUUAGCAGUUUCAUUGGCUUCACGGUGCGGGACUUUGAAGCAGGGAGGGGGACGGAUGCUCUACAUGGGUUUAGAAUGCAGUUUUCGGAUGGGCAGUCGCUGCAGGCUGGGAGAAUGGCGACUUAUGCGGGGAAGUAUAGUAUGAGUACGCCGGUGCGGUUGGCGGGGUUGAGUGGAACGGUUUGUAAAGGGGUGUUGUGUACGUUGAGGGUGCAUGGUGUGACGGUGCUGGGGAUGCCGGGGGAGCGGAAUUUGGUAAUAUGAAUACGGAAUACACCUGGACUACAAGGAAAGUAGGAUUGGGGGCUUCGAAUCAGAAUCUGUGAGGGAUGCAAGACCUUCUAGGCCACCCUGCAACGAUUCACAUGGAAAUUGUGGCUCCCAAUGGCCCUGGCAUCGAGCGGUAUAACGAGAAUACAACUGCUCUACCUGCGUCAACUUUGAACGCAGAAAACUCAGCUAGUGGC